GUUGAGUAUCCAGCCAAAUGAAUUUUAUGCAAUAAACCAAACAUUGCUCUCAAACAAUAAUCAGCUCAAACCCUCACGAGUCACUGUCUUUACAUAAAGACAAGCAUAAAUUGAUUGAUAAAGAUGAAACUUAUGUAUAACCUACUACACUUCUAUUGUUUAAGCAAAGAAAAAAAAGAAAUUGUGUUGAAGAAGAUGGAAAGAAAUGCAAAAGUCACAAUGAUCUAUGUCCAUCCCCUCAAAUCAUGCAAAGCCGUCUCUGUUCCUCAUGCACCCAUCACUCCUACAGGACUCCGAUGGGAUAGAAACUGGAUGGUGGUGAAUGAAAAAGGGAGAGCGCUAACUCAAAGAGUGGAACCAAAACUUGCUCUAGUUGAAGUGGAGCUACCUGACGAUGCAUUUCUUGAAGAUUGGGAACCUAAUCAAAAUUCUUAUAUGCUAAUAAAGGGUCCUGGGAUGCAUGAGCUCAAAAUAUCACUGGCGAAACCAGAAGUAACAUCAGAUGGUGUGAAAUUAUGGGAAUGGUGUGGCUCUGUGCUGGAUGAAGGACCUGAAGCUGCAAAAUGGUUUUCUGAUUAUGUUGGCAAACCCUGUCGUCUUGUUCGUUUUAAUUCAGGAUCAGAAACUAGGCCGGUGGUUGAUGAGUAUGCUCCUGGACACAAUGUUUUGUUUAAUGACUUUGGUCCAUACUUAGUAGCAUCUCAGGGAUCAUUAGAUGAAUUAAACAAACAUUUAAAGGAAGGGGUUUUGAUGAAUCGAUUUAGGCCAAGCAUUGUAGUCGAUGGUUGUGAACCAUUUGCUGAGGACUUAUGGAAAGGCAUUAAAAUAAAUAAUUUCUCAUUUGAAGGGAUCAGACUAUGCGCUCGUUGUAAGAUACCUACCAUUAAUCAAGAAACUGCAGAAGCAGAGCCGGAGCCACAUGCUACACUAAAGGAUAUUCAUUCUGAUAAGAUUUUGCGCCCGAAUAUGAAAGACAAAGGGGAGGUGUAUUUUGGGCAGUAUUUAGUUUGGAAAGACAAUUGCAAUGGAGUUAAAGGGAAGAUGAUUAAAGUUGGAGAUCCUGUUUUUGUUCUCAGCAAACUCUCUUCUGCAGAUGAAGCUGCCUUUUGAACCUUUAUCAAUUAGCAGAAACUUUUAGUCCUCUGGCCUUGGCCAACUCUUUUUAUGAAAAAAGAAAAAAAAUUAUCUAGAAUAUUAAUACAAAUAAACUAUUUAAGCCAACUCAUAUCCUUCUAUUUUAAAGUAACUAUAUUUUACAUAUAGAGUACCUUUUUUA